AAAAAAAAAAGUCGCUAGGAAAUUAUUGUUGUUAACUUCGAAUCUAAGGAAACUCCAUCUAAGGACCCUUCCUCUUUCUAUCUAAACCCUCCUCUUUUUUUCUUCGUUUAAGGGUUUCCUUUCUAUCGUCUCAUAAUUUGAAAAAUCUGUCUGGACUUGUUGAAUUUAAUACCAAAAUACAAUGGGUGAGAGUGGUAAGCGUUAUCGAGGUCAAAGAGAUAAUGAUGGGGAUAGUAGGAAUCAGAAGAGAAGAUUGAAUGAUAGAGAUGAUAAAAGCAAUAAUGAACUUGUUGUUUAUAGAAUACUUUGCCCUGAUGAGGUGAUUGGGAGUGUGAUUGGUAAAGGUGGUAAAGUCAUAAAUUUGAUUAGGCAAGAGACGAGGGCAAAGGUUAAGGUGGUUGAUCCAUACCCUGGUUCUAAGUAUAGGGUUAUUACGAUAUAUUGUUUUGUUAAGGAGAAGGAAGAAAUUGAGGUAGAGGAUGAAUUCUAUAACAAAGGGCCGUUAUGUGCUUCUCAAGAUGCUCUGCUUCGAGUUCACACUGUGAUUGCAAAUGCCAUUGCUGCCAUGGGGGAUUCUGAAAAGAAACGGACAGAUAAAUACAGGGAGGAAUGCCAAAUUCUUGUCCCAUCUAGCCAAUCUUCUAACAUCAUUGGGAAGGCGGGUUCAACUAUUAAGAAACUGAGGGGCAAGACUCAGGCCAGCAUUAAAGUUACUGCUAAGGAUGCUGGUGAUCCAAGUCAUUCUUGUGCCAUGGAUUUUGACAACUUCGUUCAGAUAAUUGGUGAACCAGAGGCUGUUAAGAAAGCACUUUUUGCUGUUUCUGCAAUCAUGUACAAGUUCAGUCCCAGGGAAGAAAUCCCUCUUGAGACAACAGUGGCAGAAGCUCCUUCAGCUCAAAGUAUCAUUAUCCCAUCAGAUGUUCCUAUUUAUCCACCAGGUGGCUUAUAUCCGAAUCCAGAUCCUAUUCUUCCUUCUAGAUCAGUUCCACCUAUAUUGGGUGCUGCACAUGUGUCAGAUCUUCAAGGAUAUGGUGAUACAGGGAGUACCUGGCCCGUGUACUCAUCUGCUCUUCCCCUUGUUUCGGGGUUUUCUGGUGCCUCCCGAUCUGAAGAAUUGAUAGUCAGAGUACUAUGCCCAUUUGACAAGAUUGGGCGUGUCAUUGGAAGGGCAGGGAGUACUAUCAAAAGUAUAAGGCAGGCAAGUGGUGCUCGUAUCGACGUUGAUGAUACAAAGGCUGAUCGCGAUGACUGUAUUAUAACUGUAAUAGCUACAGAGUCACCUGAUGAUUUAAAAUCCAUGGCUGUUGAAGCUGUUCUAUUGCUGCAAGGGAAGAUUAAUGAUGAAGAUUACGAAACUGUAAUUAUGAGGCUCCUCGUUCCAUCUAAAGUUAUUGGUUGUAUUAUUGGAAAAGGUGGUUCUAUUAUAAAUGAAAUUCGGAAGAGAACUAAAGCUGAUGUACGUAUAUCAAAAAAGGAUAAGCCGAAGUGUGCUGAUGCCAAUGAUGAGCUUGUUGAGGUUGCUGGAGAAGUUAGUAGUGUUAGAGAUGCACUUAUACAGAUUGUUCUAAGGCUCCGAGAUGAUGUUUUGAAAGAAAAAGACGGUGGUCAUAACCCUUCUGUAGGUGCUGAUGCUCUCUACUCGGGUGGUGCAAGUCUUUCAGUAUCAUCUCUCUUGUCUUCUGUUCCUCCAGUUGCUACUUUGGCUUUUGAUCAAAGGGCCGAAAGUGGAAGUGACCUUGGUGUUCUUUCUUCAAGCAGCCUCUAUGGAUAUGGAACCCUGCCAAUGGGGGAAAACGGCUAUGGGUCCAUGUCCUCAUAUUCAUCAAAGCUCUAUGGAGGCUUGCCUGCAUCUUCAACUCUUGAAAUAUUGAUCCCUGCAAAUGCAGUUGGUAAAGUGAUGGGCAAAGGAGGGCUCAAUUUAGCCAACAUAAGAAAGUUAUCCGGGGCAAUGAUUGAAAUUUCUGAAUCCAAAUCCUCUCGAGGGGAACGUGUGGCUCUUAUAACUGGCACUCCACAGCAGAAGCGUGAAGCUGAAAACUUGAUCCAAGCAUUUAUAAUGGCUACUUGAAUCUUAAAGAUCUUGGUAGUUGAAGGUGAAUGGUUUAGAAUCUUGGAAUUUUCUUCCUCAGAUGUUUCCUCAGUCAUUCCCUUAGUUUUGCUUUUUGGAGAUGACUUCCUAUUCUAGUUUUCUUCAACCAAACUCCCUGUAUUUCGUCCAUAAGAAUGCCUUUCAAGAUCUUUCCGGAAGACUUGCUGCUGGUUUAGCAUUCAUGGGAGUUAGGCUCCCUCCUCAUUGCUUAAACUAUUAUUCUCCAUCUGUGAUAUCUUAGCAACUUCUUAGGAUCUUUCAUUCCUUGGGAACUGUUACAUCAGAUCUUUUCUUAGUAUGGCGUCCUUAUUUCCAUUACUUUUAUACUCUGCGUUUAAUGUUUACUCCUAGAAAUAACAAAUUCAUAGUAUGUUUGUUUA